GGUGUGUAGGGGUUGUUGGGGGUGGGGAUGGGAUCGGAUUCCGACUCCUCUGGCGGCGGCGGAGGGAUUAGGGUUCGGGUCGGUGGGGUGCUCCUCUUGAAGCGGCUGCGCAAGUCCACCACCCGAUGGGACCACGCCCGCGCUGUCGCCGACGCCCUCUCCGGCGAGAAGUUCUCGAGAGAGCAAGCUCGAAGAGAUCCUGAUAGCUAUUUCAACAUAAGAAUGCUUACAUGCCCUGCAACGGAGAUGGUGGAUGGUUCCAAAGUUUUAUACUUUGAACAAGCAUUUUGGAGAACUCCUGAAAAGCCCUUUCGACAAAGAUUUUAUAUGGUGAAGCCUUGCCCAAAAGAGAUGAAAUGUGAUGUUGAGUUGAGUUCAUAUGCCAUUAGGGACGUGGAGGAGUACAAAAACUUCUGUGACCGUCCAAAGGACCAGAGACCACAGCCUGAAGAAGUUAUUGGGGAUAUUGCUGAGCACCUGACGACGAUACACCUAUCACGGUGUGAACGUGGAAAGCGCUGUUUAUAUGAAGGCUCAACUCCGCCUGGUGGAUUCCCUAAUUCCUGGAAUGGUGCGACGUAUUGUACAUCUGAUGUGACAAUUUACAAGAACGGCGAGCUACAUACUUGGGACAAGGGCUAUGAUGACGAAGGAAAUCAGGUCUGGGGACCGAAGGCGGGUCCGUAUGAGUUCAAGCCCGCUCCGCAGUCGAGUUACGACGACAUGUUCUCGUCCUUGAACUUCACACCUUCUUUGUCCCUGGAGAAAAAGAUGGACAGCCCUUAUGUAAUUAAUGAACAAUAAGACUACAGUUUCAAUAUUAUUUGUAGGAAAUCUGAGCUCAUGUACAUACUUGCCCCCCUCUUUUUCUGCUGCUCAUAUGUUGUAGUAAUCAGUGCUUUUUUUUAUCUCUUGUUCUAAAUUUUGUUCUGUAAAAAGUUAUUAUUAGUAGCUUCUCUCCCUGGAGUUUGCCUUGUUUAGCAAAACGAUAUUAACCAUUUUGCGGCAGAGCUUCUGCAUGAAAUAAUGAUUUUGUAGACAUUAUUAUUGAUAAAAGUGAUAUAUGUAUGUGUUCAACAGCUCG